AUGCCCGUCGCGGGCUCCGCGCUGCUCCUCGGCUUUGACAUCGGCAGCCUGCACCCUCAGACUACGACGUUUCACCAGGCCCAGACCCUCCGAGUCCUCGAGAUGCGCAUCUGCUCCUCCUCAGCGGUCAUGUCCGGCCUGUCCUCGGCGCUGUUCCUCGCCGCGACCGCCGCGGACCACCGAGCCCAAACCGCACCCGACCGCGCCUCCCCGUCCGCCCCCUCCCACGACGUGACUCCCGCGCCGGAUCCCGCGUUCGCACUUCAUCGGCCCCCGGGAGCUCGGCAGCAGAGCGACCCGACAUCUUCCGACGGCCGGACGGGCUUCAUCGCGUGGUACUCCCAGUCGGACCGCUGGGUCUCGGCGACGUGCCCUUCGCACGACUACUUCGCGGCAGACGAUAAGUUCGGCGUCUGCUGCCCGCGGGACAGCCCUUACUGCGACGUGGCGACCUCGUGCGGGGGGGCCUCCGCGAACUACGCCGUCGGGCCGAGUGGCCAGGCGGACUGGUAA